UAUAAAUUUAUGAGGACAAUCUUUAAGUUACAUCUCUAUCAGUUAGGUACGUCAAUCACUAAUCAACUAGACACUCGUCAGCCACAUUUAGACAAUAUCGCAAUUAAGUCAAGUGCUAACAAGCUACCUAUUGUGAUUGUUAUAAUCAAUAACAUUAUCUAAUGAACACUUACGUGUAGAUUUUUAAUAAGAUAUUACAAGACCUUGACAACAUCAUGUAUUAUACUAUAAUGCAAUAUACUCUGGGUCAUUUGCAUUUGUUAAAUUACUAUGAUACUCGUACCUACUUUAAAAAUAUUGGCUUAAAUAUUGAAUACCAAAAUAUAUACUAAUUUGCGGAUUUAUAGAAUAAAUUUUAAUAAAUUGUUAAACCGAUACCAUUAAAUAUGACUGGAAUAUUCGGCUCUGGUGUCCAUAACAAAACAAUCAAAAUUUUGAUAACAGAUAAAUUGAUAAUAAUAUUGUUCGGUCACUCGGUGUAAUUUAGCUGUACUGCCUGUACUCUGAACUUACUACACUGUACACUGUUGUAUCUCGUAGAUACGUCAUUUAACACUUUAAUGGUCGACGUGCUCUUUGCCCAUUCGUUUCAGACAGCUGCAAACGGUCGACUUGAUAUCAUUCGUCGUAGUUGUAUUUUGAGUGUAGACGUAUCGUAGUAUUUUAGUCGCCGAUGAAUAUUUCAUGACAGGUUACGUAUCGAAAACUUUUAAGUGAAAUUAGUUGAUAAAAAUAGGUAAGUAAUAACAUACAUAGGUAAUAAAUAAUAUAUACUCUCAACUUUGGUCGUUAAUACGUAAAUUUUUUUUUUCCAACGAUACUGAAUAAUUUAUAUUGUUAUUGUAUUGAUGGUAGAACAAAUCAACAUGAGUAUACCGUUGGCCACCGCCAAAAUGACCAGCCUAACUGCUGUGGCCGUUAGCCUGGUACUGUCUGGCUGUGUUAUAGGCAAUGCUUUUCGCCGCAAGGAACAAUUUUUUCCGGCUGUUGUGUACAUAUGUAAAUCCAAUCCGAGCAUGGCGGUUAGAAAAAAAUUUAAAAAUAUUUUAACUUGUUAGAUACCUAUAUGUAUACAUAAUAAUAAUAAUAAUAUAAUAAUCAAUAUAGAUAAUGUACAUGCAAGCUUUGAUCACUGUCUAUUUACUUGGGAAAUUAAUUGGUAAAAUAUUUUUUGGCACAUUACGUCCUGCAGAAUCUGAGGUAUUUCUACAAGUUACUAUUUAUUUAUUAUAACAUUUAAAACAUGUAGAAUUGUAUUAAUUUUUAUAAAUCAUUUUAGCGUUUAAUAGAAAAAUCUUGGUACGCCAUUACAGAAACAUGUUUAGCAUUUACAAUAUUUAAAGAUGACUUGAGUCCAAAGUUUGUGGCUCUGUUCACGUUAUUAUUAUUUCUAAAAUGUUUUCAUUGGCUAGCAGAAGAUCGUGUUGAUUAUGUAUGUUAAUUGUGCAUUUAAAUGUUAUAUUAAAUAUUAAUAAAGCUAUAAUUAUUGUAUUUUUAUAGAUGGAACGUACUCCAGUUAUAUCAGUUUUGUUUCAUAUUCGCAUAUGGUGUAAGUACAUAUUUAAACAUUUCCCAAGUAGUAGUUAUACUUUACACUAAAACUAUUUAUUUUUCUAAUAAAUAAUUUUUUUUUUUCUUUAUAGCAUUGUUAACUGUUUUAACAAUUGCUGAUGUAUAUUUUGUUCAUGACGCUUAUAUUACGACAAUAACUAAGGGCCCAUCUGUGCAAUUAGUAUUUGGAUUUGAAUAUGCAUUGUUAAUUACUCUAGCAAUGACUGCAUGCACAAAGUAUGUAUUGCAUGGAUUUGAUGUGCAUAGUGACACUUUUUGGGAAAGCAAAGCUGUUUUACUGUUAUACCUUGAAUUUUUCAUAGGUAAAAUAUAUUAAUUAUUUUUAAUUAGAUAUUUUUUUUUAUAAAUACAAAAUUUGAACAGGAUUAUGCAAAGCUGUCAUGUAUAUUGCGUUUCUUAUAAUUAUGGUGAAGACAUAUACAGUACCUCUAUUUGCUUUCCGUCCAAUGUACCACACACUCAGGUAAUAUAAUAUUCAUUGUUUCGUCAAUUAAACUAAAUUUUAGUUUGUUUUUAUUACUGUAGAAUGAGCUGACUGAUAGUUUUUGUAGAUUUUAGAUUCUGAGUAUAGUGAAAAUAUUGGUUUUACAAAAAUGUUUAUUUUUUUUUUAUUCUUUUUAUUUUGUGUGAACACAUUUUCUAAAAGAAAAUUUGCCUGGGGUGGUACUUUAAGGAGAUUAUUUUUUGAUUUUCCCAGGAGUUUUCUCAACAUAUGGGAAAAAACAAAAAAAAUUACGAAAUUAAAAAUAUUUCAGCCUUUUUUUUCCGUGAACAAUUUUUCUACCAGCAAUUUUGGUCCUAUUUACAGUAAUACCAUUUUUUCUAAAAGUAAAUCUAACUGUUUGAGUAGUAGUUAUCAAUCUUUUUACAACUACGAUCCAAAUUUUUCCCUGAAAAUCUAUUGCGACCCACAUAAUUUCACUUUUCAAAAAGUAGUUUAUGCAAACAGCAGGGAAAGGUUAGGUUAGGUUAAAUUAUCCCUUUAAAGUACCAUUCCAGUCAGAUUUCCUCGCAGAAAAAAUGUUAAACUUAAAAAUUGCUGGUUGUUUACAAAUAAUAUGCAAAAAUAAACACAAUAGAACCAAUUCAUUCCUUCAAUGUUCCAUUUAGAAUCUAAAAACAUGUAUAUUUCUUGGAAUCUAUAUAAUUCAAAAUAAUUUUUCGCAACCCACAGUUUCAGAAACGCUGUGUUAGAGUAUUUAGAGACUUUAUUUUAGAUUUUCUCAAUAGUUUUCACAGCAAAUGUAAGAAAAAUGUAGGAAAAUGGGAAAAUAGAUACAAUAUUAAACAAAUAUUAUUAAAGGCAAUAUAAAAUGCCUAUUUAAUUAUUUUACUAUAAUAUGACAUAUAUAUUGACAAAACAACACUAUCAACCGAACUACACUCAGAAUGGUUUUUUUCAUUAGCAAUGAUUUAUCAGAUUUACAUUAAAUUCCCUUCUGCAUCCUACCUUCCCAACUUCCCACUUACAACAGUGACUAUACCCACGUGUGAAGUAUUUUUUUAAAAGUAUAAUUCAUAACUAUUAAGGUGGUCCUUAGUUGUUAUAAGUAAUUACUUUUACGCUUUUAUUUUCUUUUUAAUAUCCCCAAAAGUUUUAUUAUGUAUACAAAUACCAACUGGUUAUGUUUGACCUACUGUCCAAAGAUCUCAAAGUUUAAAACUACUGAAUAGCUAUAAAACUUAUUUUAUCUUAUAUUAUAACCUGCUAAAUUGUGAUCUGACAAAAAUCUGCUGAAAAGUUCAGUUGUUGAGUCAAAUAUUAAUAUUAUUAUUAUUUUUGUAUGUUAUAAAAUAAUAAAAGUAAAACAAAAUUAUUAAAAUGGUUAAUACUCGUAAAUAAAUAUAUGAAUAAAUAAUUUCUAAUAUGUAUAAAUAAAUAAAUGAAUGUGUCCUUGUGUAUUAUGAUAUGUGUAUUGUACAACCAGUUUGGAAUUAAAAAUUCAUCAUUAUUAACUAAACUCUACUCAGAAUCCUUUUUUUUUUUAGCUAUAGUUAGUCAUUGCUUAUGAAUAUACAUUAAAUUACCUAUAACAGUGACUGCCUCAUUAUCCUAGGAUAGUUUUUUUUAAAUUUGAUUCUUAGAGCAGACUUGUACAUGUUUAAAAGACCAUAAUAUUUUUCAUUCAUCAAAAUUCGAGAAUACAAUUUGUAUAAGAAAAAAAAUCUCUACAUUACUUAAUUUUGUUUUUUACUACAAAUUAUGACUUAUAAUGAACCUCCUGUUAAAUUUUCAAGCAUAAAAUGAGUUCUUAUUUUAAAAUAUAACAUUUUUAAUGUACCUAAAAUUGAUAUUUUACACUACAUGUGAAGUGACUUGUACCACAAUUUUUUUCUUUGUCAAAUUAAUGGUAAUGCAUAAAAAUAACCUAUCAUUUUUGUCUGGUAUACAAUUUGAUCCAAUAGUUUGAAAGUUAUACGAGGGCGUACCCAAAAAAAACCGAACUAUUUUUGUACAAAGUUAUUUAAAUAAAUAAACUUUACAAAAAACAUUUAAUCUCCUUCAAAGUACUCUCCGUUGGAGUUAAUGCACUUGUCCAAUCUUUUGUUCCAAUUUUCUAAGCACUUUUUAAACUCAUCUUUUGUGAUGUCUGCCAACACCUCCGUCGUUUUUUUUUAACUUCAUCAAUGUCCGCGAAACGCUUUCCUUUCAUGUUCCUUUUCAUUCUGGGGAUUAAAAAGAAGUCGCAGGGAGACAGGUCGGAUGAAUAGGAUGGAUGGGACACAGUGGUCAUAUCAUUUUUGGUCAAAAACCGCCGUACAGAAAGGGCUGUGUGAGCAGGAGCAUUGUCGUGUGAUGAAAAACCCUCCUGUCUGAAAAGUCUCCUGACUGCCACAAAUCAGGUCCUUUUCGCCUCAAACUGUUGCGUAAUCUUUUUAAAACCUCUAGAUAAAAUUCCUGGUUAACUGUCUGACCAGGUGGAACAAACUCCUAAUGGAUGACUCCUCUCACAUCAAAAAAACAAAUGAGCAUUGUCUUAAUGUUUGACCUCACUUGACGAGCUUUUUUAGGGCGAGGCGAUGCUUAAGUCUUUCAUUGGCUCAAUUGUUGCUUGGUUUCAGGAUCAUAUCCAUAGCACCAUGAUUCAUCACCUAUAAUGACCUUGGAAAAGAAGUUUAGGUCAUUUUGGAAUUCUUCUUUCAAAGAAGAGCAUGAUUCCACGCAGCCUUGUUUUUGCUGCUCAGUUAGCAGUCGAGGAACAAAUUUUGCAGCCACCCGUAUCAUCCCCAAAUUUUCACUUAAAAUUAUCUGUACUGAACUUCAUGUCACACCAGAUCUCUCCACUUCUUCUUCGAUGAUUUGCUGUUGAUCUUCUAGGAUAAUUUUGUGAAUUUUUUCUACAUUUUCGUUGAUUCGAUUGAUUCAAAGGGCAAGCUUGGUCGUCUAUCAACAUUUCACCACUUUUGAAACGAGAAAACCACUCAAACACAUGAGUUUUCCCUAAAGCACCACCUUUGUAAGCUGUUUUCAACAUCUCAAAGGUUUCUGUGCCUGUUUUCCCGAGCAGGAAGCAAAACUUGACAGCCGCGUGCUGUUCAUGCAAAUCAGCCAUUACAAAAUAUACGAAAAAUAACUUUUAAAAAAAAUAUCACACCAAAGUAACACAACCUUCCACGAUGACAGCCGUUGGCAUAUUGAAUGUUGAGAAGUAUAUUUAUACGCCCCUACCAAAAAAAAAUCGGUACUACUAAAACUCUGUCCCACACAUCAGUUCGGUUUCUUUUAGGUACACCCUCGUAAAAUAAAAUGUUCAACAAGGUGACUGAUAGGAUUUUUAUCUAAGCAAUAUAUUUUGCAUUUUUUUUUUUUUGACAAUUUGUAACAAAUAACAGCACAUUAUAUUUUAAAUACCCAUGUAGGUAUAAAUAGUAAUUAAUUAGUUUCUCUUAAAUUAUAUUAUAUUUAGUUAACAUUUAAUAUUUGGUUUGGUAGAUACUUAUCAUUUGUAUAAUUUUUAUGAGGUUUAUAUCAAAUUUUCUAAAAAAAAACAAUCAAUUUACUUUUAAUUGAGAUCAUAUUCACCCAUUAUUAAAAGAUUAAAUAAAUAAUUCAAAUAAAAAUCAAUCUCAUACCCAUUUAAAAGUUACCCAAUUCUAUAAAAGUCAAUAUUAUUUUCUAGGAAUUUCAAAAAAGUUUUCCAAGAUCUGGUUUUAUCUCGAAAAGCUAUACACAACAUGAAUACAUUGUAUCCAGAUGCUACAGCUCAAGAUUUACAAACAAUUGAAAAUGUUUGUAUAAUAUGUCGUGAAGAUAUGUCAGCAGCUGGUAAUUUAUUAAAUAUUAUUAAGUUAUAAUUGAUACUAUUUUUUAGUUAUGAUCAUCUCCAAUAUAUAAUAUUAUGUUUAUUUUUAGCCGCCAAAAAGUUGCCAUGCAAUCACAUUUUCCACACAUCAUGUUUACGAAGCUGGUUUCAACGUCAUCAGACAUGUCCGACAUGUAGAUUAGACAUAUUACGUCCAACUCCUAUAACUCUACCUUCUACAACUGUUUCUGGGCCUCCUCCCACAUCAGUACCCCCAACUGUAGGAGCUUCAACACCUUCCUCUUCUGUUUCAUCAUCUAAUAAUGCUGAUGCUAAUGGCCAAGGUCUACCUGGUCACAAUCAAGCUGGAAAUAUUAGCAAUUUCUUUAACAACCAAUCACCAUUACCGUAUCAAUUUAGACAAUAUGCAUAUCAACAACAACGGACAUCUGUUGAUGGAAAUAAUAGUAACACAAAUGAAAAUUUAAAUAACAGUGACUCUCAACAGAAUAACAUGAGUGAAUCCUGGGCUGAGUACUUGAAUAUACCAGGACCCUCAUUUUUCAGUAUGUAAAAUAGUUGACAUAAUAGUUUUAAAAAUAUUCCAUCCAAUGCAUUUUUUAUACUUUUAUUUAGAUGUACAACAGAGUAGCAGCUCAAAUAUUAAUUUUGAUAAUAGAACUCCAUUUCCUGGUAAUAUACCAUUCGUUGGUGGUAAGUAUGUUAUUAGAAUAAAUUAAAAUACAUUUUCAAGAUUAUUUUUUAGAAUUUCUUUUUGAUUUUCAAACAACAGGUGUUGCUAUACAACACCCAGAAUUACCUGCUGAUUUAGAUACAUUAUCACAUGAAGAAUUAUAUCAGAUGGAACAAAAUACUAGAGCGGCAUGUAUAGCACGUCUAAAAUAUGUUACUGAUAUAAAAACUAUGUUAGAUGCCGCCAUGGUUAUGAUGAAUCAUUAUUCAUCUGCAUGUCUUGUAGCCGGGUAAAUAAUUACUUGAAAUGUUGUGCAUUUUAUUUCAAUGUAUUUUUUAAUAUUAAUUUGUAUAAACUAAAUAUUAUAACUGAAUUAUUAAUUUUUUUUUUUACAGUCUAGAUAGUACCAAUUCAACGGAUAGUACAAAUGAAAGUAAUACUAAACAUUUAGAUGACUAUGAACAGUUUGAAUCUAGACCAUCUAGUAAUUCAUCAUCAGAAACUGAUAGUAGUGAUAUAAGGUAUCUUUUAAAAUUAUUUUUAAAAAAAUACUUUAGGUUGAAAACAGCAAUUUAUUAAAGGGUAGUAUUUAGGCAAUUUCUAAUCAGAUCUCACCAUCCCUCCCUGUUAUCUCUGUGUUAGUUGUAAAUGAUCAUUAGUUUGCCACCCACCAUAGCAAAUAGUAAGUUGCAUUGUUAUUAAUAAUUUAUUUUGGGAUUUAUUACAAAUCAGGUUAUUAUAUUCUGUUCUUACCGCUAUUGAAUGGUUCACAGAUAAAAGUCUAUACUAGGUAAAUAAUUAUUUGGGGAAGUACUUUGAGAGGCCAUUUUUCAAUUUUCUCAGGAGUUUUGUCAAUAAAUGUGAAAAACCGAGAAAAAACUUAGGAAAAUUGGUACAAUAUUAAACAAGUAUUAUUAAAGUAAAUAUAUGAAACCUAUUUAAUUAUUUUACUAUAAACUGACUUAUAUUGUUGACAAACAUCACUAACUGAACUUCCCUCAGAAUCUUUUUCAAAAGCAAUGGUUUAUCCUUGUUUACAGGUAUAUAUUAAAUUAUCUAUAAUAUUGGCUGCACCCUUGCCAUUAUCCUAAGAGUCUCUUUUUUUUUUAUGUACAAAUAUUCUGUUCUUGUGGUAUACAAAUUUUAAAAUUUAGCAUACAAAAUUAUUAGUAUUAACAAUGAUAAGAAAAUGCAUUCGGGUUAUUUUUAUUUAGUUAUCAUAUACAUUAUGCUAACUAAUAGUAGCUAAUUGAAUAGUUGUGGGGUAGCAUAUUGUUUUUUUGAAAACCUUUUUUUUUUUUCUAUUAAUUCAUUAAUGCUUUAUGAGUUUCUCAUAAUUAUUGGUGAAAGUAUUCAGUACAAUUGUAUAUUUGUCUAUCGUUAUUUACUAUCCAAGAAUAUAGGCUUUAUAUCAAUUUCUACCUACAAAUGGAAUAAUUUUUAAUUUUUUCUAUCUUCAACCAUUUUAUAUUCUGAAUUCUGAUUUAUUAUCAUGAUAUAUUAGAAAAUAAUAUUACUAAAACACAAAUUACCCAUUUUUGCCACAAAAAAAAAAAAAAAAAAAAAAAAAAAUAGUAAGUAAUGAUUUUAUUAGUUUUUCUGUAUACUGUUUAACAAAUUGAAUACUUAAAUAAGAGUAUAAGAAUAUAUGUAAAAAGUUUUUAAACUAGUUAUUGGGUAUUUUUUUAAUUUAUCAUCUUUAAUCUAUAAACAAAUUGUAUAGUCAUUAAUUUAGUUUCUUCAUUUAUAUAAAUCUGUGAUUGCUAUCAAUAUCAUUAUAUCUAUAAAUAGUCAGACCUUUCUUAUUGCUAGUAUAUUAUCAGUGUUGUGGUUCUUGGAAAUGUGAAAUAUUUAAAGUUUGAACUCCAGCGAAACUAUGAAAGCAAAAAUACACAAAAAGCGGAAAAAAAUUCACUGAGAACCCAACACCUGAUUUUAAUUUUGUAAACAUAUUUAAACUUGUUAGCUGCUUAUCCAAGUUUUGUAGGAAAUUAAUUUUGAUUUAAUAUUUUUUUGAUUGAUCAUAGUACCAAAUGUAUUUCCCCAAAUUUCAAAUAUUAAAUUUCACUAUAGUAUUACUUAAAAAAAAAAAAAACAAAGUAAAAAAUUAAUUUCCUACAAAAUAUAGACAAGAAACUAGCAAAUUCUAAUGUGUUUUCAAAAUUAAAAUAAUUGGACUUCUGUUCUUAAGUAUGUUAUUUUUCUUCCUCUUAUUGGUCUAAAUGCAAUUUAACCGCCUUAACCACAUUUAUUAACUACCAACUAUACCAACUACAAUAUACUUAUAUUUUUUAUAGACAUUGGACUUGUGUUUUGUUUAAUUAUUUGUAUUUUGAAGUUUAGACUUAUCUUGCAAAUAGUAUUUAAUUUUAGUACUUGUUUAGUAGAAAAUACUUUAAACUUAAGUAUAAUUAUUUUAUGUUUGAGUUUGGUCACCUUAUAUAAUAUACUUGUAAAAUGAUGAACUUUCAUUAAGAUAUAUUUUGUUUAAAUAUCAGAUAAUUUAGUAAAUCGGUAAUUUUGAUCAAUGGAAGUUUUAAUUAUUAUUAUUACUAUUUUAAAAUAUACAAACCAGUUAAGAUAAUAAUUAUACACAUUUAUUUUACAGUAAUAUUACUUAUGAACUGGAAGAAACUGAUGAACAGAGAAAAAUUAGAUUGAAGAGGUUGAAAAAAUUUACCACUUUUGGAAAUCAUACAAUAUAAUUUGUUUUAACAUUAUAAUUAAUUAAUUUGCUGCUAUCUAAAUUAUAUUUUAACUUACAACAAAUCAUUUAUUCUAAAUCUAUUCUGUAAUUUUGUAUUGUCUGUUAUUCAGCAUUUUUUUAAGUUUUGUAUUUGAACAGUAAUACUUGCUUUGUUUUUAUUUAUAUAUUAUUAUUAUUAUAUAUUCAGUGUAUAAUAAUUUUUACUAGAAAAUAGUGAUCAUCUAAUAUCUAAUCUUACCAGAAAAAUUAAUUUAUUAGUUUUUCAACUAAGUGUAUCAAAAUAUGUCAACUUACAAACAAAUAUGUAUUUUUGAUUGUAACAAUAUUAUCAUGGUAUUUGGAAAUAAAUAAUCUAUUAUUAAUUUAGGUAGACAUUUAGAAUCUGUAUUUGUAUAAAUGGUAGGUAAAUGUGAUGAAGUUUUAUCAUUACAACUGUCAGUUUGACCCUGACAAGUAACUUGAUGUAAGUACUUCUGAUGUAUACACUAUAGUUCAAGUAUUCGGUGGUCCAUAAAAUAUAUAAAACUAAAAACUACUUUGUG